GCACAGAAAAGACGAGCACGGUGAGUUUUCCUAAUGAAGGGUGUUGGAGUCAUGAUGCUGGCAGGCUUCCUCCUUCUGCUCUUCAUCUCUGAUGGAGUUCAAUCAGAGCAAGUCUGCAGCUAUCAGGAUGUUUUAAACUACUUGAACAUGACCAGAGACAACGAGCUGUACUCCAUGACCCGACCCGUCAGAAACUACAAACAGCCAACACAAGUUUCCCUGGAAGUUCUUCUCUAUGCCAUUCUAGAUGUGGUUGAGAAAGACCAAAAAUUUAUUCCAUAUGUUUGGACAGUCACAAGAUGGAACAAUGAUUACAUUUCCUGGGAUCCAGAUCAGUUUUGUGGAAUUGAUAACGUUUCGCUUCCUAUUGAAAUUUUGUGGAAGCCAGAUCUCACUAUAGAGGAGAUGACGGAGAAGGACAAAGCUCCUCCAAGUCCUUUUCUCACCAUCAACAACAGAGGAGAGGUGGAGGUUCAGAAUGACCAGGUGUUAGUGAGCACCUGCAGGAUGCACAUUUACAACUUUCCCUUCGACAUUCAAAGUUGUAACCUUACUUUCAAAUCUGUCAUACACACUGCCAGGGACAUCCGGCUGCAGCCAAGCGACAACUCUUCGGAGGCCACAGAGUGGUCUCGGGAGGUGAUGCGGACCCAGUACGAGUGGCUGUUCAUCAACAUGACAGUCACAUCCAACAAUGCCAGCGAUUUAAACGACCAAGAUAUUGUUGUUUAUACCAUCACCAUGAGGCGGAGGUCUCUGCUCUACAUCGUCAACUUCUUGCUGCCCGUCCUCUUCUUCUUGUGUCUGGACUUGGCCUCCUUCAUGAUCUCAGACAACGGGGGAGAAAAGCUCAGCUUCAAGGUCACGGUUCUGCUCGCCAUCACGGUGUUGCAGCUCAUCCUGAACGAAAUUCUGCCUUCCUCCUCCAACAGGGUCCCACUCAUAGCGGUUUACUGCAUUGGCAUUUUUACUCUGAUGAUGCUCAGCCUCCUGGAGACUAUUCUGGUGAUGUACCUUAUAGAAAAAAACUCCCAAGACUGCGAAACGGAUACAAACCAAAGUGCAAUCCAGGAAUCAAACAAAAAGAGUAAAGGCAACUUUCACAGCUGCCACACAGAGACUCAUGAGUGGACUCAGGGGGGUUUCAUCUACAACGUGCCUGCUGGUGAGGCUCCAUCUGAGAUGCUGCACGUUCCCAAAGAGGACAAUACUGGCAAACAAAUGGAGGAGUACCACACCUUGGAGAGGCUUUCAGAAGAGCUGAGGGCAGUGGAGAAAACUUUAACUCAGCUCUUCAAGGCCAAGGAGGCGGAGCCAGGGUAUUGGUCCAGGGUGGCUAAAAAAGUCGACAAAGUUUUCUUGAUUUUCUACAUCACAGUGAUCAGUGUGUUCUUGGUUGUGAUGUUCUUCGAGUGGAACAGCGCUGAAGGGGAGUCUCUGCUGGAUGGUUCUGUUUAA